AUUAACAUCGAGGAGCAGCAUCCAGAAAAUGGAAUCCCUGAGGUUACUCCAAGCUUCGUUUCCCUAUGGGCUCUCACCCACCCGACUAUCUGUUAAAGAAUAAGGGAAGAUGAAGAAGAAGCAGAUGAAACCCAUUAACAUUUUUUAUCAUGGUUCCUUGGUACACUGGUUUGGCAGGACAAAGGAACUUACAAAACCAGAAGAGGUAAUAGAGAGACAAACCUUUCAGCUUCCUGACUUCAUUGCUGGCACUAGAAUUGAGAAAAUCACAGGUACAUUGAGAGCCAUGAGUACCAUGACGAACAAGUGUGAUGGUCGGAAAGUCUCCAAGGGUCGCCGCUCAUCCUCAUCGGUUGAAGAGGAUAGUGGUGAAAGUAACAUGGGAGGAGAAGGUCAUUUAAAGAAAGGUCCUUGGACCUCAGCAGAGGAUGCAAUUUUAGUAGAUUAUGUCAAGAAGCAUAGAGAAGGGAAUUGGAAUGCAGUUCAAAGGCAUUCAGGACUUGUCGGAAAAAGUUGUCGUAUACGGUGGGCAAAUCACUUGAGACCAGAUUUAAGAAAGGGCGCAUUCACCGAAGAAGAAGAAGAGCGCCGGAUCAUUGAGCUUCAUGCUAAAAUGGGAAACAAAUGGGCACGGAUGGCUGCAGAGGUUUGUAGUUCAUGAAACAAUAAUUUCUAAUAUGAAACGAACAAAUCUUUGCUAACCUGUAAAAGAAAAAAAAGCCCGUUUGGGAGAUUUACUGAUUAAAAGAAACACUGAUAUUUUAAAAGAUGAAAGGUAUUGAAAGUUGAAACUGAUAGUGAGACACCCAAAACCCCAGGUUUCUAUUUGCUUCCUUCAAUUUCUGAAAACAGGCACCUUGAGAAUCACAAGGUAAGCCAACCAGUCCGCAUUCCUUCUUCGUUUGUUUUCCUUUGAUCAUUUGAGGCUGGAUGCUCAUUCUCAUUUCCCAAAUGCUCUUAGCAAUAAUAAUAAUAGUAACAAUGUUGAAUCUGAGGUUGAUUCUGCUGUUGCCUCUUUCACUAAGCUUCUCAAUCAGCGUCAUCCAGCCUCCCAAGUUGAAUUUGGUCGGAUUUUAGGAUCCCUUGUUAAGAUCAAACAAUACCACACUGCCGUGUCACUCUUUACACAAAUGGAUUUUAAGGAAAUUACUCCUUCUUUGAUUACUCUUAACAUCUUGAUCAACUGUUUCAGUCACUUGGGUCAGAAAUGAA